AUUAGGCCCAGGCCCACCAACCUCUCCGCGGCUCCGCCACCUUAUAAAGAAAGCGCGUUGCGCUCGAUUUGGAUUCAAAUGAAGCUCCGCAAAAGCCAAUAAUAAAUAUUCCACCCCCACUCGCACGCUCGCGUAUAUCCAAACACCGCCUCCUCAUUUCCUUCAAAUCUCCAUCAACACGGCUUCUUUCUCUCUCUCUAUAUAUCUCCCAAUUCCUUCCUCCUUCUUCCUCUCUCUAGAAAUUGAAAAGUGAAUUCGGAAAUGCAGGAAAGUAGUUCACUACUCUCGAUCUCUCCGGACAGAUCUCCCAGUUUCGACACCUACUCUUUCGGAAAGCUCGCCGAGAUUGCUGCCAGAGUCGUUCAAGAAUUCGACGAUGGAACAGUCUCCGACUCUAAUUUCUACGAUUUCAGCACCGGGAGUUGUGAACAACCAGAACAAGAAAGUCACGACGAAAAGAACGAUAACAACGAUGAAGAUGUAAGCGAUGAAGAGUUUGAGUUUUCAAUCGUGAGCAGAGACCGGGAGUUCAUACCUAUCACCGCUGACGAUAUCUUCUACAACGGCCAGAUCAGGCCGGUCUACCCUCUCUUCAACACAGAUUUGAUCUCUAACGCGUUGUGCAAAAUCAACGAGGAAACCACCACAAUUAAAACCAAAGCGACGUCGAAUCGGCUGCCCUUACGGCAGCUGUUUAGCGAAGAGCGCGAACUGACAUCCACGUCUUGUUCAUCGUCGGAGGCGGACGAACUAGACGGCGCGGAACCAGGCACUUACUGCGUCUGGACUCCGAAAAAGGCGGGAGAGUCGUCGCCAAGGAUGUGCAAGAAGAGCGGUUCCACAGGUUCGUCGAAGCGGUGGAAGUUUCGAGACCUGUUGAACCGAAGCCACAGCGACGGCAAGGACACGUUCGUGUUCCUGGCAUCAAUCAAUAACAACAAAAAAGCAGGGGAAGCGAAGCAGAGAACACCAGUUUCCAACGCAAAGGAGGCGAAAGGGGGAGUUGAGGAGGAAUCUGUAAAACGAAACAGGGCAGUGAAGGAAAGCGAGAAACGGCGGUCUUACUUGCCGUAUCGGCAGGACCUGGUUGGGGUUUUCACGAAUGUGUAUGGGCAAACUCGGAAUUUUCGUCGCUAUUGAAGCUAAAGGUUGGGACGUUUUUUGGUUGUGUUAAUAGAUUUUAAUUAGUUAUUAAUUAUGUAAUAUGUUAUUGGCAGACAAAUCACAUGGUUAUGGUUUUGGCGAUUUAUUUAAUUAGUUGGCUUUGUUAAUAA